AUCUGCUGGAGUCGUCAGGGGAAAACGGCAACAAGGCGCAUCUAUGAACCAUUAAAGCUCAAACAAAGGAGCAGUUUUUUAAAAGGACUCUUAUUGAAAGUCACAAAUUCAUCAGCAACACAGAACUGACCCAAGGUGAGUUUUUCCUCUGCAGAUACUUCAACAGUUUGACUUUAACUUUGUGUUUCGUGAUGGAAAGACUUACUAACGCUGUUAAGUUUAUAUCUGGCUGUUGUUGUGUUUAUUACUUUUAUUCUGACAUUUUUAAAACAGAGCAGGUUUCUGUAGCUAGAUCUUCUAUUAUUUAGACCCCUAUAUCAGAGUUCAGUGUUUUUGAUGUGAACUGCAUAGAGCUGCAUUUGAGUAGAUUUUCAGACUUAGUGGGUCUGCUACCAUUUAUACCUUUGUUAUACCUCUAUUGUUAAACCUACUUAUACCCCUUGCUACCUCUCUCUUUCUUCUCUUUCUCUUUCUCUCUCACACACACAAAUGAAAAGUCAGUCCCCUGAGGUCUCACUAUUUAUGAUAUUCUCUCGUACUAAAUCCCAUCAGAAUGGAUAUGCUGCCUGAUGUUUGGAGACAGGACUACUGGCUCCCUCCAGGUGUGACCUGGAUGGACAUGGACCAAAUGGCUGACUCUGACCGCCCACAACCCCAGGACCUCCUCAUAGCUCUACCCCUUGCACUGGGCUUUGUUGUGCUACGUUACCUGUUUGAGAGGUAAAACACACCUGCCAUCAUUGCUCUGUAGAGAUCUGGAUGGCAUGUUUGGGUUAUUGUUGGCUUUACAGCACAGGGAUAUGUCAUCACUGCAGCAGUGUUUGACUUUGGUUACUUAGUCUUUCUGUUCUCUAGAUUUCUCUCAUGAAGCUAUCUGAGAUUUUUAUCACAGAUGAGGAGCCAACAGAAACAACCAAUUCGCUUGGUUUGAUUUCUUCUAUUUGUAGCUACAUAGACAAAAAUUAACAAAGCAGUUCAUGUUUGAGGAGCAAAAACUUCACAUAGACCUGUAGAUGGAGUGAGAUGAAAGUGGUUUUUCAGGAGUGCAUAAAAGCUUUACAAGCACUUCAUGCACAUGCACAAAUGCAUGAAAAUGUGCACAUUAAUUAUCUUCAAGGGUUGUGAUUGGUUGAUUACAUCUGUUGUUGGCUUUGUGUUAGGUUUAAAUGACAUAAACCAAAAGUUCCUUGCAAGAGCUUUCAUUGGUUUUAUGUUUGGGUUAUGUUAACUUUGUCUGUGUCCAUUUGGAUGCUCUCUGUAGGCAAAGCAGUCCUUGUUUAUCUUGUUAUCUACAUAACUGAGUAGUGUCUCCUGACAAAAGUCUCAACCAGAUGACUUUGGGCAGUCAAAUGCAUCAUUCAUUUUAAAUAUCUUACAGAUCUGAUGUUAAAUCAAGGCUGUUUUGUUAGCGAGUUGGCUGACAGCGACCCCCUUGCCCCUAUUUUGGGCAUCAAAAAUUACAAUAUAAAAUCCUCAUUCCUAUCAUUAAUGGUCUUGUUUACUUUUGUUUGUCUUUAAAAGGCUUUAUUAUAAAUAUUUUAUUCUGUUUCAUUAGUGUUAAAAAAAAUCCCCACUGCAGCUUUAAAAUGUAAUUUAACCCAGCACUUUGCUACGUUGUUCUAAUGCUGUAUUAUAUUUUGUGUGGUCAACAUACACUGCCAGGCCUAAAAACACUCACCACCUGGAUUAAACUAAGCAAAUAGGUAAGAGCCUCCCAUUGGAUAAUUACUGGAUGGGUGAUCACGCUUCACUAUGGGGAACAGAAAGACUGGACUUUAGAAGAAGGUGAUGUGGUCUGAUUGGUCCAGAUUUACCCUGCUCCAGAGUGAUGCAUGUGUCAGUGUAAGAAGAGAGUUGGAUCAAGUAAUGUAACUAUCAUGUCAUGAGUGAUCAGACACUCCAAUGAAAUAUUAGAGUGUGUGACUUUUUUAGGCCAAGCAGUGUAUUCAUAUUAUUUUGGGUGCAUACUUUUUAAACUGUUCAUUUUACACAUUUUUUCAUAACUUUGACAGUCAUGCUUCCUCAUUUUACUUCAAAUAGGUCUUUAGAUCAAAACUGUGAUAUGAUAUGUGCCAUUUCUUCAGCUUUUAUUGUUUUCGUUCACUUACUUGUUCAUUUCCUUGUGCUGUAAUCCAAAAUAACCCCUCUUAAAAACCACUAUAUUUGAUUAGUUAUCAUAAACAAAUCUGUGUGCAGGUAUAAAUAUCCUCAGGACUCACACACACGGCAUGCUUUAAUGUGUACACUAAUGGCUUCACCUACCUGUGAGACCACUGUUUUGGCUUUGUUUGUUGUGAAUAAUGGCUAACUUACCGUAGACCGGCGCCCUGACUCCCCAACAGUGGGUGUUAUAUCUUUGUUUGAGCUGUCUUUUGUUUGCCCUCCCUCCCAGGUAUUUAGCCCCACCCAUGUGCAGAUUUUUGGGGGUGAAGAAAAGACUGCAAGUGACUGCAGCCCCCUCCCCAAAGCUGGAGUUGUUUUACACCCAGAGGAGCAGACAGCCAACACAGGUUAGUUUAAAAAGAGAGGACCUGGAAAAACCCUAGCUCAAUGUGGGGACACUUAUGUUGUAAAUUGUAGGUUGAGUACAGUAUUUAGUUUUGUGAUGACAGUUCCUUUUCCAUUUGAAACCUUGCAACCAACAUAUUCAUGCAACAUUGUUCUUUCAGCUUUCAGAUAAAUUAGAAGCAGACAUAUUUUCCACUUUUCUCUGGACCAAAAUACUGACAAAGGAGAAAAAAAGAAGAGACUCAACUUCUCAUAUGAACCCAUUUCUUGUUCAAUAGGUCUGUUUGUGCUGCAGAUGAUCAAUAAGCAGCUUCAGAAAACAAAGAACCAGAUUAUUUAAGAAAUACCUUAUCAAGUCAUGUUUCAAACCUUUCAAUUUAGCAGUAGUUUUUCAAAUUAUAGUCAGUUUAGUAUAUUGCAAAUUAAAAGGGAAAGUUAAUGUCCACUUCCCUCCUCUUAUACCUUGAGUCACGUACUGAACCCCGUCCCUUCCCAAUCCCACACUGCAUACAUGCAACUUAAGCCACAGGGGGUGCACCCGCUGAUUUCAUCCUCCCAUUGUUGUUUCAGAGUGACAUUGUUACUUUGAUGUCACUGUGUGGAAAAACCCAGAGACAGAUCGAGACCUGGUUCAGACUACGCAGGAACCAGGACAGACCGUGUCAGACCAGGAAGUUUGGUGAAGCUGCGUGAGUGUUUUCCCCUCAAAAGGUCUCCAAUGUUCAGGUUACAGUUGACUCAACUCAUGAGCACCACCCUCACUUCCCCCUGCAAAAAAUCCAACACAACAAGAGUCUCACUUCACUGGAGCAAUCUGCUUGAUUCUUUUAAGUGGUCUGUGAUUUAAUUUGUGAUCUUGUGUUUUUUUUUUCCAGCUGGAGGUUCUUUUUUUAUCUCACAGCCUUCAUAGCAGGACUGGCUUGUUUGAUCGAUGUGGGUAAUUCUAAAUGUUUCACUGCUAAACCUUAUAACAAAGUGAAGCUGUUGAUGCAUGAAUCAUUUUUUCUAAAUAAUCAGGAGUGUGUUGACAUAUCUAAAUGAACAAAUAUUCUUGAUUAAGUAUUUCUUGAGGUUCAGCCUCAUCUUCUUUUACCUUAAUUCCACAGAGGCCUUGGUUCUGGGACCGUAGGGAGUGUUGGAAGGGAUAUCCGGUUCAGGUAUUUCCCUAAGUUGUUUUGUACAACUGUUUUCUUAUUUCUUCCCUCAUAUGUGUGUGUAUCUCUGGCACCUCAGAAGGCCGUGUUUUGGGUGGACCCUGAUGAUGAUAAUCAGUUUUUUAAAUGCAGUCUUAAAAUCACAGGAAUGGGACAAGAUGAGGAGUGAAGUGAAAUUAGAUGAUAAGCGAGCUCUGCAGAGCAUCACGCCAGGAUUUUCCAUGUCAUGAAGCUGGCUCUUUUCAACCCCCCUAACCCCUGCAAGUGAUAUGUAAUCUGAGAUAAAGGUGUAUAGUUAUGAAAACCUUUUUAACCAUAAUGUCAUGUUAGUAAAGCUACAGAGGGAAGCAAGUAUGGUAACAAACUUUAUACACCUCCAGAGCUGCUUUCUUUGUUGUAUUUAGAUAUUGACGAUCACAUCACAUGCUCAAAUUGCUUAGUAAUCAAAAUUAAUUGUAAACUUAGCAUGGCUCAGCAUUGUCUCUCAUGUUUGAAUGUACAGGAUUUAUAUCUCAGUCUCCUGAGGAUCUCAGAGCAGCUAGUUUUGGUCAAUUCUGUAAAAAUUCCAAUAAAAGUUCUCGAACUUUACAGCUAGAUUUUACAUUUUAAAUAGCUUCAACUGACUUUUAACUCCAUUCACAAAUCAUAAAAUGUGACUCUUUUAUAUUUUAAUUUUAUCGUUCAAUAAAUUCGUGCCAAUAGUGCUUAAUAAUUUGCUGUUCAGUCUUACUGUGCGCUCAUCAGUCAUUAGUGAAACACAUUGAGCUGUAAACAAACAGAAAUCUGACACCAUCUGAUAGUCGUCUCAUCGGAGUGGACAUAACACUCAUCUCAUGUCAGCCAUGAGUUAUUAUCAGAAUAAUCAAAAAGGCAAUAAAGCUUCAUGCGAGUAGGUUUGACCUGCUUGCUCUGAUUGAAGGUUGGAAAUGAAAUUAUAAUCAAAGUUACAUAACUCACUCACAUCUCAGCUCAUAUUGAUCCACAUGAAUCUAACUUGUACGAUUAGAUGAACAUUAUUCCAGAGGCCUUCAAGACAAAGUUUCAAAUUUUCUUCUGAUUUGUUAUUUUCAUUAACACCUGAUGCUGUAUCACUUUAAACAUUACUGCUGCGAAAACUUUAGAGUGAAGGUAUCAUCUUUGCUUUUGUAAAGGAGGACCCUGCUCACCUGGGCCAAAGAGGGAAAAAAAACAAGCAUCAAAGCCUCUUCCCUUACAGCUUUUAUCACAGGGAGCAUUUCAACACUUCAAGGUCAUUUGUCUUAGCUAGGAAGCCCCUGAUGAAUUUAGUGUUGUUUUAGCCUUGGAUUUGACUACUACAGUGGAGUAGCUGCUUCUCACGUUUGUUUGAAGAGACUGUAGCUGUGUCUUAACCCCCCACGGAUGAUGAGGGGCAGGUGUGCAGACAGGGGACUGAUGAACAGCGCUGCUCAUUUUACACAGGUGUAUAAAAGGAGCGGAGCUGGAGCCAGGGGAACAGGGAAGGGGGACCACGCCUAUGCCAGCACACACCUACACACUCAUGCAAACACAUGCACACUCACCCAUACACACACACACACACAGGACACAAACAAAGAGAGGCAGGCAGGGAUAAGUUGUGAACACAGGGAACCAGUCAGAGAGGUGUAUACUCAGAGCCGUAACAUAAUCUGACUGAAAUCUGAGUGAGAAGGAAGCAGAUUGAGUUUGUUGAAAAAAGGGGAAUUUAAAACAAGGACGUUCUGAUGAACAUUUGCAUUUCCUCUAUCAUACAACAAAGAACAAUGAGUGUUGUAUCUCACAGUUUUAGAGUAAAUUUUUGGUCGUGUUAAAAAAUCACAGAUACCACGAUGGAACAAUCAUGAUUGUAAUCUGCUACCACACCCUGACAUCAUGACAUCGAACCUCUGAAAUCAAUCCCUGGUUCAAGAGACCUGCGUCUUAUCCAUCAGACUGCUGGAGUAACUGUAAAAGGUCUUUAGCUUCAAUGAAUUGUGAUAGUAAAACCAACCCUUUUCAACCUUAUUUUCUUUGUACAGAUAGGCCUUUGUGUGAAGUAUCAGGGGAACACAAAAGUGUUCAGGGACUUCCUGAUGGUUUUUUCAAAGCUAAACUACAGACUACUUUUUGGUCUUUAAAUUAAAGACACCUCUUACAGUAUCACUGGAAAGAAAAGACAAUUUUUAUUUUGUUUUGUCUGGUCAAAAGCAAAACUUAGUUUAGAAGGAACUCCCUAUACCCUGUUUUGCUUAAGCUGGCAUAUUUAGUCAAACAAAGUUUCAGUCCUAACAGACUUUGGUCAGGUUACAGACAUCAAAACAAUUAUGGGUAUAUACUCAGAAAGAGACUGCCUUAAUGGACAAUCAUCUAGUCGCAAAGCUGUAGAUGAUCUGAAGCUUGUCCCCUCUAAAUGAGUUAGGAGACCUAUGGGAGAUGACUUCAUACCCCAGCAAGACUCUGAUCAAAAGCCUAAAACUUAAGAGAUAUGCAUGUUUCUGUUACUGAGAGGACCACUGACCCUCCUCCUGUGUUAGGGUCUGCACCGACCCAUUUUUGAACGACUUUUUGACUUUGUCAGGAAUCUCUAUUUCAACAUAAUGGAAAUAAAAAAAUUAAAUUGACUAAAUUAUAAAAUGCUCUUGUUAAAAUUAUGGCACUUGUUGUGUUAGGGUCGCUGUUGACCUGGUUAGAUCAAUAUCUAAUGAUAAGAGCAAAAACUGAAAUAAUAAGUGCACUGUCAGGCACCACACUGACAGUCAGAUCCUCUUCCAAUCAUGGGAGAUUCAGGAAAUUCUCAUUUUGCCAUGUUUUUACCUGCACAAAAAACAAUGUCAGGCAUGUCCAGACAUGUGAGAUCAAUUCAGUAUAGAUGUCUGUGUGAGGGGUAUACUGACAGAGAAAGGCAAUGAGAAUGAGAACCAAAUUGGAUGAUAGAGAAAUUAUUUUAGUGUAAUUUACAGCUGAUUUAAGACACAGGUUAAAACUGACCCUUAACAUGGUGUGUGCGUAGUAAAAGCUAACACAGGAGGAAGGUUAAAAAACAUAAAUAUCCACUUAGAAUUAACAUUUAUGCCCUUUUAAAUAAAAACAAAUAUUAUUGUUUGCAAACUUGUCCCCAAUUCAUGGUCAGUUGAUCAACUUCUAUGUUAAAAGGCUUUUAAAGACAAAAUUUGAUUCAAAGAUUGUUGGUAGAUGUGGCUCAAAGCGUACAGGUGUUUUCAUACUUUGUUUAUUGACUGUUAAGUGUUUUACUUUCAGCCUAUGGAGAGAGCUCACUACUGGUACUACAUGCUAGAGCUGGGUUUCUAUGGCUCUUUGCUCCUCCGGAUCUCUGUGGACAUCAAAAGGAAGGUGAGGACCCUUCUCAAAAGUUGACAUUUUGUCUUGUGUUUGCUUCAACCUGGCUAGGCUUUACACUUUUGUUUUCGCCACAGAACACAUGAUUUAUAAGUGACUGGUUGAUUUUGUUACUCAGUAAAGCUUCUGUAUAUGUUUGCUAUUCCAGGAUUUUAAAGAACAGGUGGUUCAUCAUCUGGCUACCAUCUUCCUGCUCAGUUUCUCCUACUGUGCCAAUUACAUCCGCAUCGGUACCCUGGUCAUGCUGCUCCACGACUCCUCUGACAUCCUGCUGGAGGUAAUGUGAGAUCCCGUGUCCUAUGAGGACCACUAAAUUUCUCUGAAAGUAUCAGAAAGAAAGGUCAUGCAGCUUUCAUGAAACAUUGGUGAGAAUCAAGAGGGCAUCUUGUACAAUAUGAGUCUUGUGUCAUGAGUUCAGCCUCUUGAACUCAGACACAUGGGACUUCACAAAAAUGAUAAAUCUCUUCAGGUCAAAUCUUUCACCAGAGAUCUACCUUCAUUUUAACCUUUUUCUGUCUCUGUUUAGCCGCAACAAAUAAAGAAAAACAGGCUUUAUAUGUCUUUAAAACAAAGUCAAAGGUUCAUACUUUGCUUGAGGAUGCCGUAGGACAAAAGAUAUCUGGUCUGAAAUCUGCAGUAGCCCGCAGGAUGGUCCACAUAUUUCAGGAGGUGAAUCCUGUGACUGAAAUCUGAGAGUUGGUUCUUAUAAAUUACUUCUGUGUUACUGUGUAAAAAAAAAAUAAAAAAAAAGUUAUUCAACUUGAGGGACAAAAUAGAAUUCAGGUUAUGGCAAAGAGAAGUAGUAAGGCAUAUAAAGCACUUAGCUUUGUUCUGUACUACGUGGAGGUCCGCUGAUAUCUCAGACUCAUGCUAGAUUAAACCAGCUGUUCUCAUACUGGUCUCUUUUGUGGGGCCCUCCUUGGCAGAUGAAAUAUUCUCUAGCUCCCUUUAAUCUUGAAAAAACACUAAAACACACAUGGACAGGUCUCUUGCCUUCAAGUCCCUGAAUCUUAAGCAAUGUGUGGGACUUAAUAUGAGUGAAAUACAGAAAUUAAACUUCAAAGUCUGGCACUGAACUAUGAAACAACAAGCUACCAGGAAACCACUGCACCAUGCUAUCGGACAUGAUUAUCUCGGCUCAAAUUUGCUCAACCUAACUGAGCAACUUUGCAAAUGCAGCUCUUGUUUUGUAGGUUGUUCUCAAACAUGAUAAAUUUAUUUCUUUCAUUAAGUUUUAAGGAAUCUUUGUUAUUCAGUGUUGUUUCACCUUGUUUUCCAAGUGUUUUUACUGAAUUUCAAAGUUAUGAAGAAAAGUACAAAUGCUCAUGUAAAUUUGCCUUACAUCCUCUCUCAGGUCAUUUGCUACAUAACUGCUUUUUUGUUCGCUGAGAUGAGUUAACAUCACAAAGAGCUUCAACUGUGGUUUGAAUUUGAUAAGAUCGGUUGAUUGUCUGUAUGUUUGCAGUCCGCCAAGAUGUUCAACUACAGCUCUGGCUGGAGGAAAACGUGUGACGCUCUGUUUGUUGUGUUUGCUGUGGUCUUCCUUGUGACCCGACUGGUGAUUUUUCCCAGCAAGUAAGAUUCACUCCAAAGAUGAUUUAUCUGUUUAUCUAUUAUGUCAAUUAAAAUAUUUCACAAUUAUAGCAUUUUUAGAUAAACUAAGUUGUUUUUUUAUAGACACACAGUUUUUAAAGUUAUGUAAUUACUUACAGGAUCAUCCACACCACUCUAGUGCUUUCUGUGGAGGUGUUUGAACCUUUUGUCGGCUACUACUUUUUCAACAUCCUGCUGAUGGUGCUGCAGGCUCUUCAUGUCUUCUGGGCUGUGUUGAUCUUACGUAUGAUCUACAAGUUCCUGAAAGGGAAGGUAAGAAUACACAACACAGCUGAAUCAACCAAUGGGCAUCAUCAACACUGUCCAUGAAACUGUCAGUGAUACAAGUCAGAGGUGCUUCUGUAUUCUCGUGAGAAGCUUUAAAACAGGAGUAUGCUGUAUGGAGUAAAUAUACAAUCCCUUGUCAUUAGACUUUCUUCUUAGCAUUUAACUCUCUAUCUGCUUCUGUCUCCAGCUGGAAAAGGAUGAACGUAGCGAUGAAGAGAGUGAGGACGUGGAGGAUGAAGAGGAUAGAAAAGGAGAAGAGGAAAAUAAAGGAGACGAUUAUAAUUGGGAGAAAAGCAAAGACACGCUAAACUCCAAACUUUCUAUGCUGACUAACAGUUGUGUCCUCAAUAACCUGACCAACCACAGGGCAUCCAUAGCUGACAGAAUGCGGAAAGCUCAGUGAAGUUGAUUUUUAGAGUUUUACUAUCUCAGAACUGAAACAGAGAUACUUGUUGAGUGGAUGUGAUAUUUGACCGUCUGUGCUACAUUUCCUGUUUGAGAUCAAAUCUCAUUUCACUGGAAGAGGAGUUGGAUGAGUGAAGCUGUGACAGUUCAUUAUUAUUUCUUGCAAAAUACUGACAUAGCAGAGAAAAGGUUCAAUUUCCUGAUUUCUGGAUAAGGGGAUGAGAAGGCCUCUGAUUUGCAUGCCCUCGACUCACCCCAAGAGAGACUCAAACCUGCAACCUUUGGCUCAGGAGGACAGAUACACUGAGGCUCAGACGGAGCACAAAUUUAAUUGUUUAGAAGUAGUAACACUGUUUUUGUGGUCAGUGUAAAGUCACAUUUCUCUGUUUUUAUUUUUUUAAUUUUGAAGCCUACAUGGCAGACUGUGAACACAGCUGACUGUCCACAUAGUUCAUCAAACACGUUUGAAAAAAAGAUAUCAACUUGAUAGCUAAUUUAAGACUGUGACUGAUAUUAAUUUCCAAAAAUAAAAUAAACUUCUCACCUUACUUUCUCUGUCUUUUGUGAUGAGUUAACACAAGAUUGACUUAUGUUGCUGUCUAAUAAUCAGCCCUCAAAGCAUUUAAUCUUCAUAAACUACAUGUUUUGUUUAUAAGAAAAGAUUAUAAGAAAAGCAGAGCUGACCUUUUGAAUGCAACAUCUUGUAAGUUAUAAAAUAUUACAUUCAAUAUUUCAGGGUUUACUUCAUGUCUGUGAUUGGGAUACGGCAAAUGUAAUUUUUUAUGCUUGUUUGUGGCACAAAUUAAAGACAACAACACAAAGAAGGUGUGCAUUGGGUAGUUGGUGUAAAACCUGGUGUGGGCAUAGAUAAGUGGUCCAGCAAUGCAAGAUAAUGAAUUUGUUAUGUGAAAUAUGCAACAGAUAUUUAAAUCUGGAAAAUUAAUUAAAAAUUUCACUCU